GGCAGGGCUAUAGACUAGAAGCAUAGUGUUAUCACACCGAGGUACCAGAGUUCGGAGAGAUACGUGAAUAGGAGCAAAGAGAGAGAGAGAAAAAGAGAGAGAGAAAGAGAGAGAGAGUAGUGUAGUGUAGAGAAUGGGAAAGGGAGUAACUGGGAGCAUUCAGCAUCUGACAAAUCAAAGGCACGGUGUCUCAUAUUCCUGCGUAUAGCAGAGGAGGAUGGAGCCUUGCCGGUUGAGCCAGAGGACUGGGCCGAUAAGAUGAUCUGUUUGUGGAUACCAUUGUGUUUUUGUUCGCACCAAUAGGAACAUGUGUUUUCUGGAGGUUUGAGGAAAGCAAUGGUUGCAUCACCUUCAACUGCGCUGUCAAUCUCAUUUCAAAGAGCCACAUCAUAAGAAACUCCGUGGGGAACUGGCCUUUUGGAGGAUAUGCAGAAAUAGGAUCGGUUUGGUUGUUAAAUUAUUUUAGCAAACCAAGCAUUAAAACCAGCGGUUAUCAGUUUUAUGUUUACCAGUAUGAUGAACUCUUUUUUUGAUACUUCGCCUGCUGCUAUGAUCGCUACAGUUCCUGUCAGCCGUAUGUCCACUUCUGGGUCGGGCGCGGUAACCAGUGCUCUGCGAAAUGAUUUGGGGUCCAAUAUCCAUGUCCUGAAGACUCUGAACCUGCGGUUUCGCUGUUUUCUUGCUAAGGUUCAUGAACUAGAGCGGAGAAACAAAUUAUUAGAGAACCAACUGCAGCAAGCCUUGGAGCAACAACGAUACCAAGUAUACACACGUGAAGUAGCUGUCCAAACCGACUCUACUGAAUCCCGACUGCCUGGCACCAUUUGGAGUUUCACGCACGUGAGGAGACACGGCGAGCGCUAUGAGACUCUCCAGGGGCCCGGUGUAUCCUGGAAUCACCCGGACGGUGUUGGGGUCCAAAUCGAUACCAUCACACCAGAAAUAAGAGCUCUGUAUAAUGUUUUGGCUAAAGUCAAGCGAGAGAGAGACGAAUACAGGAGAAGAUGGGAAGAGGAGCUGAACAGACGAGAGCAUAUGGAGUCCAUGGUGGAAUCCAUGCAGGAGAGUGCUCAGGAGGCAGAGGAGAUCCAGGAUGAACUGAAUGAGAAGGUGGACAGGCUGAAGGCUGAGCUGGUGGUUUUUAAGAGUCUCAUGAGCGAUGGCGGUCGACGUCUGAGUUCCCAAUAUGUCAGGAGGGAUCUGGAUAUGAAACAAAUGUCUGACCUGGACUCUAAGAUCCAAGAGAAAGCCAUGCGAGUGGACAUGGACAUCUGCCGGCGCAUCGACAUCACCGCCAAACUGUGUGACGUGGCUCAGCAGCGCAACUCAGAGGACAUGUCCAAGAUGUUCAAUGUCAGCCCAGCCAGGUCGCUCCCAGAGAGGGGUGCCAUGGCGUGCUGCAGGAAGAAGGAGUGCAGGCCUGUGUCUGAUGAGGACAGCUCUGAGAUGGAUGCAGACCCCAGCACCAGUACCUCAGAGGAGGAGGAGGUCCCUCUUAACAUCACUGAUGAAAUGAAACGAAUGCUCAACCAACUACAUAGUUCAGAUGAUAAUUGUGUUGCCAGGAGGGAGACGUUUGACAUUGAUGACGACUGUGACAGCCUGACGUGGGAAGAGAAUGACGAGACCCUGUUGCUAUGGGAGGACUUCACCAACUAUAACAUACAACCCAGUCACAUCACCGCAUCAAACUGCACAGCCACCAGCGCAGCCAACAGCAACACAGAGGAGCCUGUCUCUCAGGAUGGAAGCCUGGGCAGCCUCAUAGAUGAGACAGAAUCACUAUUCAAGACCAGAGAGCAGGACUACCAGGAGACCAUUGGCGCGAUUGAGAUGGAGCUAGCCACAGCGAAGAAUGACAUGAACAGACACCUGCAUGAGUACAUGGAGAUGUGUAGCAUGAAGCGUGGUCUGGACGUGCAGAUGGAGACGUGCAGGAGGAUGAUCAAAGGGGGCAGGAACUCUCCCUCUGUCAGCUCGGUGGCCAGCAGCGACUCAGGGAAUACUGACGAGAUCCAGGACGAACUAUUGGACAAGGACGGAGAGGCUGAGGUGCCAAUCAGCUGAUGGCUGUCCUGCCUGGCACCGCCCCUCACUCCUCCAUUCACUGACGUAUAGCUGCUCACAGAGCUCCACCCUGCUUGGGGGUUGGCCCGUUUGGCACUUUUGGCUGGGGGUCCUGAUGGUCCUAAGGGUCUGUCCCACUCUCCCAGGCCUAGAACUGGUGCUUAUUGUCUCUGUUCUCAUAGGGAUGGAGGGGGACGGUGUUCCUUUGCUUCACAAAUAUUAUUAGGCAGAGGUGGCACAUACAAUAUAGUGUCAGCUGUGCUCUCUUCCUCAGUGCUGCCUUGCUGGUUUCUUCAACCUAAUCAGAGCUCCACAAGAACAUCCAGCAAAACAGUCAACCUUAUCAAACCAGUCGUACUGGCUCACUAUUAGCAUAUUCGAAACAGUUGCACUGUCACCAUCGUCAAUCUGUUGGCCUGAGGUGGACAGUCCAUUUGGUCAACAGGGAACAACAUACACAACAGUAUUCACCAGUGAGAAUAUAUGCCUGAGUUAUUUUAAUAACCACAAAUCAAGAGUAAUCACACCAUUUUUUACUUGCAUGUGCCCCAUGGAUGUAGAUGGAUCAUUCACAUACAGUACACUGUACAUGCACAUGUACAAUUGGGUAUUGAAAUGUUCUCACCAGAGUCAAUACAAACAAAACAGCCUGACUGGACUCUCCACGGUUACCAGUGUUUACUGGGGAACGGAGCACAGCCCUUUGCUGCAUAAUGCGUUGUUCAAGCUCUAUGCAAUUUAGCUAGCCUUAUUUCAGGAUGACAUUCCCUACCCUUCUUUUCCCUUAUGAUUAGCCUUUUUAAGCUGGGAAGGUGUUUUCUAGUUGUCAUUCAGAGUGCUCAUGUGUGUUCUUCGAAGUGGAAGGCGCAGAAUUGUCUCAAAAAAGGGAAAUGUUGGAACAGUGACCCCUAGUUGUCUUUGUCAAAGUCAUACCCCUUCCCUCCCUACCCAUGUUAAUUUAAUGUCUACACAAGAUUAUCGAAAAUAAUAUGGAACAAGGCACCAGCAAAUAUGCUGUUUGAUUUGUAUUGCCUUUUUCUGAUCACUAUCAUACUAAGCUUCAGCUCAAUUUUGUAAUUUCCCCUAAAAUGUAUAUGUUAUGAUUGGUAGAACUAAGUUCUUGAUUGUCCCUUGGGCUACUCUUUGGUAAGUCCAAAGGGCUGUUGAGAGUUAUUGGUCAUCUGUUUGUCCUCUCAGAGAGAGGGUAUGGAAGUUAUAUUACACAAAACAAUCACGGAAACUGGCAACACCAUGUACAUUGGUUGCUAAUACAAUUCCUAACUUAUACACUGUACAAUGCCAUAUUUAGGUUCUAUUUUUGCCAAUCUGAGCGGCUAACCUCAGAUGGCGUCUCACAAAAACUCCCCUCCCUUCUGUCCAGCCUAUCAUAUUCCGUUGUCCCAUUGUCAUGUGCCCUGGAUUGGGCUUAGAAUUCUUUGUACAUACAUAAGAGACACAGGAGGUUGGUGGCACCUUAAUUGGGGAGAACGGGCUCAUUCUAAUGACUGGAGCGGAAUAGGUGGAAUGGU